GGGGCUGCUUUCCGAGGCUCCCCGGCUCGGCAAGACUCUGCUAACUAUCGGUCGGUCUCGACAUUGAAUUCUUCCACGCAUUAGGCGCUGAUGUCACGUACGACGUCAACAUCACCAUACAUCGUUUAUAGGCUGCAUCGUAUACUUCUGCUCGGUCUCUGGUCUCGACUGCAAAAGUCGGUGAAAACAAUCAUGCUAAGUCUCUGUCGGCUUACUGCACUAGCCCAAGGGGGAAGUAGGUGUAAUGCUCAGACAGCAAUAACACUCAGGAGACGGUGCCAGACCGCUAGCCGUGCCUCACUCACUCACUCACUCACUCACGUUGCUGGCGAUAAUUUACUCAUCUGAUCAAUAUCUCGGAGACGCUUCACCGAGGUCUUAAACGGCGGGUGCUGUUCAACCCCGCAGAUUUGGAAUCGAC